AGCAGCUCCCCCUCUUCAAAACCUUACUCACAUUGGUGUAAUCGGACUUAAUAACAAUGGCGGAUGAUAAUGUUUACGAUGUUCAAUCGCUCCUUUUUUCAUCUGAAAGAAAUUACCUUGUUCGCAACAACUCCGAUCAGGUUGCAAUUAGCACCUUGAGUGGAAAAAAGUUGGGCUUAUACUUUUCUGCGUCUUGGUGUCCACCAUGUCAAAGGUUUACACCAAAUCUGGUGGAUGUGUAUAAUGAACUAGCUGAAAAAGGUGAUUUCGAGAUUGUAUUCAUCUCAGCCGAUGAAGAUGAAGAAUCCUUUGCUGGUUAUUUUUCCAAAAUGCCUUGGCUUGCUGUUCCAUUCUCUGAUUCCAAAUUUCGUGAAGCUUUAGAUGCAUCUUUCAAGGUCAGUGGAAUACCUCAUCUCGUUUUCCUCGAUGAAAAUGGGAAACUGUUGAGUGAUCGUGGGGUUGAAAUUAUUGGAGAAUAUGGAGCGGAAGGCUACCCGUUUACUCCUGAGCGAGUAAAAGAGAUAAAAGACCAGGAAGCAGAAUCAAGGAAGAAUCAAUCGUUGAGAUCCAUUCUCGAGACUCCAUCUCGUGACUUCAUCAUCACAAGCAACGGCAACAAGGUACUCAUUGCUGACCUUGAAGGAAAGACGGUGGGUUUAUAUUUUAUACUGUCUACAUUUAAGAAAUCUUCUGAUUUUACUGGUACACUCGUGAAAGUUUACAAUGAAUUAAAAGCAAAAGAAGAUAAUUUUGAGAUUGUAAUGAUUCCUCUUGAUGAUGAUGAAGAAUCAUUCAAGAAAGAGCUUAGUACUGUCCCUUGGUUAUCCCUUCCAUUCAAAGACAAGAAAUGUGAGAAACUAGUCCGGUAUUUUGAGCUCUCAACACUUCCCACCUUGGUCAUUCUUGGCCCUGAUGGGAAAACUCUUCAUCCCAAUGUUGCUGAUGCCAUAGAAGAACAUGGUGCAUACGCGUACCCAUUUACACCUGAUAAGUUUUCUGAGCUUGAAAAGUUAGAGAAGGCCAGACAUGAAGCACAAACGUUGGAGUCGGUAUUGGUUUCAGGAGAUCUUGAUUUUGUAGUCGGAAAAGAUGGUGUGAAGAUACCUGUGUCUGAUUUAGUCGGAAAGUACAUCCUACUAUACUUCUCGGCACAUUGGUGUCCACCUUGCCGUGCUUUUACACCUAAGCUCGUGGAAACAUAUCAUGAGAUCAAGGCUAAACAUGAUGCAUUUGAAGUGAUUUUUAUCUCCAGCGACAGAGACCAGGCUUCGUUUGAUGAGUAUUAUUCUAGUAUGCCAUGGCUGGCACUUCCCUUUGGGGAUAAAAGAAAGCAAUCAUUGGGCCGCCUUUUUAAGGUCAAUGGCAUACCGUUGUUGGUUGCUUUAGGACCAACUGGAAAGACAAUCACAACAGAAGCCAGAGGAGUCAUCAUGCUCCAUGGUGCUGAGGCGUUCCCGUUCAGCGAUGAACGCAUGGCAGAGAUUGAAGCUCGGUUUGCUGAAAUGGCAAAAGGUUGGCCCAAUCAAGUGAGGCAUGCUUUACACGAAGAGCAUGAACUUGUUCUCACUCGUUCACAGGUGUAUACGUGUGAUGGGUGUGACAAGGAGGGGACGGUUUGGGCUUAUAAUUGUGCAGACUGUAAUUUUGAUCUUCACCCUGAAUGUGCUCUUAAAGAAACUAAUGGGAAAGAGGAGGUGACCGAAGCUGUGGAGGAAGAGAAUCAGAAAGAUGGGUGGGUGUGUGAAGGAGAUGUUUGCCGUAAAGCUCCAUAAAUAAGACGUGUUAUAUACGUACUGGAUUUCAACUAUAUACUAUAACUAUAUGAGUGUGUUUCUCUAUAUUGCAAGGUUUGCCGUGCUUUCUAUGUAUCUAGAAAAAGGCACUGAUGUUAUAGCUAGCUGAAAAGACUUCGAAUGGGUUGUACUCUGGUUAUCCAAUAAUCCUUUUCUUA